CCACUCCCCUGCACUCCCACUGUUCACCUCACAGUCAGCGCAGGCCAUCGGCUCGACAGCACGUAUCAGCGCAACAGAUUGCUGCAUUCCAAAUAACCUCCUAACCAGUUUUCCCAGUCAGCAUGAACCUCAGUCUUUCUAACCAGAACAUGCAUAACUCCAGUGAAGGCUGCCUUGGGGACGACAAACCUGACAUCAUGUUGCCUUGUUUCCACAGAGCCAUGUAUGAGGAACCUCUGCCCUCAUACUCCAGCGGAUCCAUCAUCUCUCAGCUCCUCCGCAAGACCAUCCACAACAAGAGGGCACUAGAUGAAAGCCAUUUCUACCUUUCCAGCUCCACCCCCGCUGACUCCAGCCAGGAGGACCAGAGCAGUGUCUCCUCAAAAGACAGCAUGGUGGAAGCUCAAUCCCCCAACAGUCAUGCUUCUACAGGAGCCAGCGCAGAGGGGGAGCAUCACGUGACUGACCACUUGCAAGCCAAGAGGGCUAGAGUGGAGAACAUCAUCAGGGUCAUGGUGGGUUCUCCCAACAGCAGGCAGCAUGGACACAGUGACACAGAUACCAGAGACACGAGGGAGGCCAGAGAAGCAUUCAGGGAGAACAAACGUAAGCAGAGGCUGCCUCAGUAUCAGGAUCACAGUGCUGGGGGGCUGCUGGGCAAAACACCUGGAUGCUGCAAUAGUGAAAACUGCAACACCAAGCACGAGGAGUGUCACAAGCUGAAAGAGCAGCUCCACAGCAUGCAAAGGCUCCUGCAUCAGCUCCAGGAAAAGUUCCUUCAAGUUUACAACCAGGAAGACAGAGAUGAGAUAGAGGUUGCUGCUGAGCAUGACAUCCCGGGUGAAAGCACUGAGGUGCAAUACGUACACUCUCAAGAUGAUUUUAGAAAGAAGAAUAGCAGGAUGAGUACAGAGUAUAAGGACCAAAGGAAAGUAGUAAGCUGUGUGGUACACCAGAGAGAAAGUCAGAGUCUACAGGAAACCCUUAAGCAGGAGCUCUCCAAGGCUGUUAGUGAGUGUGUGGACAGGGUGUUCAAGAAGGUGUCUUCCGCAGGGCUGGACCUCUCCUCUCAGUCACAUAUGUCCUCAUCUCCAGAAAUGCAGCUAAGCAUGAGUGCAGACAGUAGGAGCAAACUGGCCAGCUCCACACAGGAACAGCCCCAGGCCGAGGAGGCUGCAGUGAAACCCCGGUCUCUGGAGUACUAUGAAAACUCUGAGGCCCAAAGCCCACAGGACCAGACAGAAGCAUUAUCACUGGUGGUCCGCAAGCCAGCAGUGACACCCCUGAGCUCAGUCACCCCAACAGUGACACGGCCCUAUCCUGUGCACCAGACAUCAUUUCAGUUCAAUUACAGCACCCCUCUGCAUGACAGCCAGAUCCUCGAGCACCUUCUCAAGUAUGGACCCCAUUCCAGCUUUGGAGGUUUGCCUUGCAUGCCCCCAUCACUGGACAGGACCUCCCCAGACUCAGUGGACCUGCCCUGGGAUACCAUUGCUAUGAGGUCCAAGGUGACAUCCAGCCACCUCAGCCACCACCCUUGUCCCUCUUCCCUGGGGGCAGUGAUGGUCGACAACCUGUGUCUUCCUCACGUCAAGAUCGAGUGUGGUGAACUGCAGAGCAUGGCUGAACGAAACCCCUACAUGUCUCUUAAUAUCCAGGAGGGUCUCACCCCAAGUCAUCUGAAGAAGGCAAAGCUCAUGUUCUUUUACACCCGCUACCCCAGCUCCAAUGUGCUGAAAACCUUCUUUCCUGAUGUCAAGUUCAACCGUUGCAUCACCUCUCAGCUGAUCAAGUGGUUCAGUAACUUCAGGGAGUUCUACUACAUCCAGAUGGAGAAGUACGCCCGCCAGGCCAUUGUUGACGGCAUCCGUGAUAUCACAGACCUCACAGUUAGCAGGGACUCAGAGCUGUUCCGGGCACUGAACAUGCACUACAAUAAAGCCAAUGACUUCCACGUUCCUGACAGAUUCCUGGAGGUUGCUGAAAUCACCUUGCAUGAGUUUUACAAUGCCAUUUCUGCAGCCAAAGAUUCAGACCCCUCUUGGAAAAAGGCCAUAUACAAGGUGAUCUGUAAACUGGACAACGACGUCCCAGAGGAGUUCAAGACAUCUUCAUAUUUAUAGGCUGAAGUGGAGAAAUGUACAGGUGAAGGAACUGGUGUUAUUUUAUUUGCAACUUAACAGUAUUAUUUCAUCAUUUCUUGUAAUGAGCUUAGUGAAGUGAAAUGUAGAUGUUUCCUGAAUAAUCAUUUUGUAAAUCUGUAAAAACACACAUGGUUUUAGAAGUUAAGAAUAGUCUAAAAUAUUGGGUAGUUUGCUUUACCAAAAAGUAAUUACUGAUAAAUAUUAAUGUUCCUGUGGAUUAUUCUACUGUUUAGUAUUUAAUCCUAUAAUCUUCUUCAAUACAUUAGCUGUAGAGAAUUACUGAGUUUUAGGAGUGCAGAAAUGUUAUUAAAAAUGUUAUUAUUUAUAGUGUAGCUUUAGUUGAACUGAAUUUUUUUUUUGGCAGUUAUUGUCAGUAUUAGUUUGCUUUUAAAUUCCACUUUUUUCAUACCAGCAUGUUGUGUAAAUUUUCAAAGUGCUGCUGUUGUUUGUUGUAUAAUGAUUUAUAAGUAUGCUGCAAAUUAUUAUCUUGACAGAAUGUGCAUUUAAAAAUAAUGCAACGGGCUCUGAUGAUUUAUAAAGGUAUAAAGGCUGUGUAAAGUACAAUAAGUUUUAGAUAUUUCAGUCACAAACAUUGAACUGGAUGACUAUUGAAAUUAAAG